GGUUUUUCUCUUAUUUUUACCAAAUAUUAAAAGGGGACCAUGCAAGUAUUUACUGGUUUAAGAAGAGUUGCAAUAAAACAGCCAGUUCAAUCUCAAUGGGUAAAGUACAAUUGAGGUUUUAUAUAUACAAGAAACUUAUAUUUUAUUAUUUAUUUUAUUAUUAUUUUAAAGAUUCGAGCUGUGAGUACUACACGUUUUGUCAAACUUAAUGGAAAUAAUAUUACUGCGAAUAAGGUCAAAAAGGAAGAGCCAAAUGUAGAAAAAGAUAAUUCUAAAGAAAAAGAAGUGAUGCCAUCAAAUUCGAUCAUGACACAAGCUGAUCAUUUUCCAACUACAAAACAAUUUGAUGCACCGCUUGAUGUACAAUCACAAGAAGGACAACAGAAUUGGUCUUCAUCCUUUUAUGGUCUUUCAACAGAAAGAUUUCCUGAAGAAGUUACUAACAUUUUGCUUCAACCUAUUAAUCAUGAAGAUGUUGAAAUUAAGCCAGACGGUUUGCUUUAUUUGCCUGAAAUUAAAUAUAGACGUAUUCUGAAUAAAGCUUUUGGGCCAGGAGGAUGGGGGUUAGCACCUCGUGGAGAACAUACUAUAUCACCAAAAAAUAUAUCACGUGAAUAUGCAUUAAUUUGUAGUGGACGUUUUGUUUCACAAGCAAGAGGAGAACAAGAUUUCUUUGAUAUAUCUGGAUUACCAACUGCUUCUGAAGGCUGUAAAAGUAAUGCAUUAAUGCGUUGCUGUAAAGAUCUCGGUAUUGCUUCUGAAUUAUGGGAUCCAGCAUUUAUUCGUAAAUUUAAAAAAAAAUAUUGUGUUGAAGUAUGGGCAGAACAUGUUACUACAAAGAAGAAGAAGAAGUUAUGGAGAAAGAAAGAUGAUACAUUAGAUUACCCUUAUAAAGAAGUAUGAUGAUAUCUAUAGCAGCACAUGAUAUAAUAGAUUGUACAUGUAUAUGCUGUAUAUAUAUUACUUUUUCUUUUUCUUCUUUCUCUCUUUAUCUUUUCUUUUUAGCAUUAU